AAAAAAAAACUUUUUCUUCUUCUUAAAUGACUGUCCCUAUGAAUAACCACUACCCUGAAAAUGUUGGUAUCUUGGCCAUGGAAAUGUAUUUCCCCAAGAGAUGCGUUGUUCAAUCUGAAAUGGAAACCUUUGAUGGUGUCAGUGCUGGUAAAUACACCAUUGGUCUUGGUCAAGAGAAGAUGGCUUUUAUUGAUGACCGUGAAGAUAUUCAAUCCAUCUGUCUGACAGCUGUCCAAAACUUGAUGGAAAAAUACAACCUUUCUUACAACGAUAUUGGUCGUCUUGAAGUGGGUACCGAAACCAUCAUUGACAAGUCUAAGGCUGUCAAGACUUGUUUGAUGACCUUGUUCUCUGAACAUGGUAACACUGAAAUUGAAGGUAUUGAUACCACUAAUGCCUGUUAUGGUGGUUUUGCUGCCUUCUCCAACGCUGUCAACUGGGUUGAAUCUUCUUCUUGGGAUGGUCGUUUCGCUAUUGUUGUUGCUGGCGAUCUUGCUCUCUAUGCUUCUGGUGCUGCCCGUCCUACCUCAGGUGCUGGUGUAGUAGCCAUGCUGAUUGGUAAGGAUGCCCCUAUCGUUGUCGAGCGCGGUCUUCGCUCCACACACAUGGAACAUGCCUAUGACUUUUACAAGCCCGACAUGCACUCUGAAUACCCUGUGGUGGAUGGUAAAUUCUCCAACACUUGUUAUCUUCGUGCCUUUGAUUCUUGUUAUCGUCGUUACAUGGCUCGUUUGGGCAAGCUUGAAAAUAAGGAGAAGCCUAGUAUGGAGGAUAUCGAUUAUGUCGUCUGUCACUCUCCUUAUGCCAAGUUGGUCAACAAAUCAUUUGCCCGUGCUUCUUACAAUGACUUUUUACUUGAUAAAGACAAUCAAAAGUAUGCUCCUCUCAAGACCUUUGAAGAACUCUCCUAUGCUGAUUCUCUUGAAAGCAAGGAUUUAGAAAAGGUUUUGAUGGGUUUAACCAAGGCUGGUUAUGCUCAAAAGGUGGGUCCUGCUGCUUAUGUCCCCAAGCAGAUUGGUAACAUGUACACUGCUGCUGUCUGGGCUGGUUUAGCUUCCCUUGUAUCUGAAGUUGAUUCUGAGACACUUCAAGAUAAGCGUAUUAUGUUGUACUCUUAUGGUUCUGGUUUGGCUGCUUCCAUGAUCUCUUUCCGCGUCCGUGGUACCACAGAGAACAUCAAGUCCAACUUAAACCUCCGUCAACGUCUUGCUGACCGUACUCAUUCCAAGCCUGAAGAAUUUGCUGAAGCCAUGAAGAUGCGUGAACAAACUCAUAAUGCUUGUAACUUUAAUCCCUCUGGUAGCCUUGAACACAUUGCUUCUGGUGCUUAUUAUGUUGAAAAGAUUGAUGAUAAAUGGAGACGCUUCUAUAAGCGUAAGGAUUGAUAAUGACACUUACACCUCUUUGUUUACUUUAUAAUACGAUACUCUUUUUUUUUUAUACAAUUAAUCUAUUUAUUUUUGUUUGUUUUCUCUAAAAAUAAUAAAAAAAAAAAAGUUUAACGACGGUCUGUUGAACCCAUGCCACGCUUGCCACUGAAUAAAUGUUUGGGCAUCUUUGUUUGAAUUUGU